AUGGACAAGUCAUUCACCCUCGGACAUGUGCUCUCUGCCGGAGCAGUUGGACUCUUGACCGGCUACUUCUUCUCUCAGUCUGCGCUCAAGCACAAGAGCAAGGAGGCCACCGCCACCGAAGAAAAGAAGACGAGCACCAACAACAAAGCAGAGGAGAAGAAAUCCAAGGACAACAACAACAAGCACACCAAGAAGGAUCAGGACGUGGUUGAAGAGGAUUCAGAGAACUACUCUGAGAACGACGAGGAUUUCACUGACGAAGAGGACGAAGAUACUGAGGAUGAGGAGAACGAGGAUCUUGCCGACUUUGAUCUUCAGGAGGAAUACAAGAUGGUCCUGGUCAUUAGAACGGACUUGGCCAUGGGAAAGGGAAAAGCUGCCGCCCAGUGCUGUCACGCGACGCUUGCCAACUACAAGGAGCUCAGCAAGAGCGGCCCCAAGACCCUCGCACGCUGGGAGUAUUUUGGUCAGGCAAAGGUGACUCUCAAGGUCGACAACGAAGAAGACAUGUUGAUGUUGCAAGCGCAGGCAAUGAGCAUUGGAUUGGCAGCACACACCAUCCGCGACGCAGGAAGGACACAGAUCGCCGCUGGCUCAAGGACAGUCCUCGCCAUCGGACCCGGACCCAUCAGCGUCGUCAACUCUAUUACUGGAAAGCUUAAGCUCUACUAG